GUUGUAGCCUCCCCUGGUCCAAGUUCUGAGACUCCAGCCGACCUCCCAAGAACUAGGACCAUCCUUUCGAUGUAACAAUGGCUGGCUCUCACUAACUAGACUAGGAACACCGGCUUGUGUGGAGCGAACUCGUAUUUCUUGGUCUGGCUAUAUCCAACGCCUCGCUCGCCACCGUCUUUGAACGUCCCACCGGCCUCUGUCCAAUACCUUCUGGCCUCCGUCAGCUUAUCCAAAAUGCGCGGCGUACUAUCUGUCGCGUUGCUAGUGAGCAGCGUCAGUGCGAUCUGGCCGUUGCCAAAAGAGUAUCAGCACGGCAAAGACGUCCUAUGGAUCAAUAAAGACAAAGUUGACGUCGAAUACCACCAAUCGGGAUCUAACACUAAGCGUGAAGAGGGCACCGGAUCUGCCAGCAAGAUUGUUCAGAAUGCUGUUCAGAGAACAUAUGAUACUCUCUUCAGCAAGAACUUCGUGCCAUGGAUGUUGAGGCCUAGGCUUUCAAACUAUGAACCGGACACCAACUCUAGCGGCACGUACAUCACCACCAUCACCAUUCAGCAGACCGGGGCGGAUCCAGACGAUGUGAAGAAACCCGACACUGAGAUCGACGAGUCCUAUAGUCUGGAGGUCACUACUGAUGGCAAAGUCACCGUUACUGCCAAAACUUCAAUUGGCAUUCUCUGGGGUCUCACCACCUUCACGCAACUCUUCUUCCAGCACUCAAACGGCGGAGUCUACACAGACCUCGCACCUGUUUCUAUCAAGGAUGAGCCAAAGUUCAAAUGGCGUGGGCUCAACGUCGACACAUCGCGCACCUUUAAGCCUCUGUCAGAUCUCUACGCUAUGAUUGAUGCUUUGUCUUACAACAAGAUGAACAGACUUCACUGGCACGUUACAGAUGCGCAGUCAUGGCCACUCGAAGUUCCAGCACUGCCGGACCUUAUGCCAAAGGGUGUCUACGAGCCAUCUCAGAAGUAUACUGUUGAUGAUGUGCGAAAGCUGCAAGAAUAUGGCUCGCUUCUUGGUGUCGAGGUCGCCAUGGAAAUUGACAAUCCAGGUCACACUUCUUCGAUCUGGUUCUCGGACCCAGACCUCAUCGCAGCAUUCAAUAAGCAGCCCGACUGGACGACAUACUGCGCAGAGCCUCCUUGCGGAUCUCUCAAGCUCAAUUCCACCAAGGUGUACGACUUCCUUGAGACUCUUCUCGACGACCUUCUGCCACGCCUGAAGCCUUUGACAUCGUAUUUCCACCUUGGCGGAGAUGAAGUCAACAAGAACACGUACCUUCUAGACGACACUGUCAAAUCUAACGAGUCGUCGGUCCUUCAGCCAUUGAUGCAAAAAUACAUGGAUCGCAACAUGAACCAAACCAAAUCCUACGGUUUCACACCUCUUGUCUGGGAAGAAAUGCUCUUGGACUGGAAUCUCACUCUCCCCAAGGACACCAUCAUCCAAGCAUGGCAAUCCGACGAAGCCGUCGCCAAGAUUACAGCUCAAGGAUACAGAGUCAUAACAGGAAACUACAACUACUGGUACCUCGACUGCGGUAAAGGACAAUGGAUCGACUUCGCGCCUUCCAACGCAGCAGGCUUCUGGCCAUUCCUGGAUUACUGCGCUCCCUACCACAAUUGGCGUGCCGUAUACAGCUACGACCCACUACACGGUGUACCUGAGAACUCCACACAUCUCGUACUCGGCGGCGAAACGCACAUUUGGAGCGAGCAGACUGACGCUGUUAACUUCCAGCAAAUGGUCUGGCCACGCACUUCUGCUGCAGCAGAGGUCCUAUGGAGCGGCGCCAAAGACGCCCAAGGCCAAAAUCGCUCGCAAAUUGAAGCUUCGCCGCGUUUGGCGGAGAUGCGCGAACGUCUUGUUGCAAGGGGCAUGAAAGCGGAACCUGUCCACAUGCCUUUCUGUACCCAGAAUGGAACGCAAUGCGCGUAUCCUUCGUGAUCUGGAGUGAUGUAACGGGUUUUAUGAUGGAAGCUGUAGUAGUGUCAGGACACUCGAAUGAGAUUUAUGUAGUGCGAUAUGGAAGCUAUUUUUUUUAUAACAUGCAAGC